UGUUGACUUAGCACUUUGGGAUCCUCAUCCUGGGGGUACCCCCUUGCCCAGAUUUGCAAUGCAGGUCAGGGUAGGAGCUGUGCUGAGUCAGCUGACAGCUGAGACCUGCUAGGAAGAACAAGAGGUCCCUGGACCUUGGAGCUGGGCUUCCAGCCAUUAAGGGGAUAGGAAGCACUGGGCACUCAGGAGGCAGAGCCAGGCCACCUACAUGAGUUGUAGCCUGGUCUACGAAGCGAGUUCCAGGACACACACGGCUACACAGAGAAACCCUGUCUUACAAAGCCAAAAACCAAACCAAACCAAACCAAAACGAAAGGGUGGGCUAGGAGGCAGGGAGCUGCCUUGAGAGUAGGCACACAGUGAAGUGUCCCUGUUGAGGAACCUAGUGCCGGGUGGGCGCCUGGCACCCCAGACCCUGUGUUCGAUCUCCACGGGAGGGAGUGAGCCCCAGAACAGUGAGCGAGUGUGCAGUGGGGUCAUCAGCCUGGGGUUGAAGCCCAGUGCCAUCCAGCACAAGGCAGGGCUUCUCUCCAGUCUCUGCUGCCUCCCGUUCUUCAGGGCUGGUGUGGGGUAGGUACCCCUCUGUGGAACUCUGCAUUGUCCCUUCUGAUUGGCUGGGCACCAGACAAUGGGAGGUCCACGUGGGGGGCUCACCUGCACGGGCCAAUUAGAGGAGGAGCUGGCCAGGUUCUAGGUGCUGGGGGAGGGGCUGUGAAGGGUGGAGGGACCCUUGAGUCCUGAUGGGCACUUUAUCAGCAAGUGCCAGACAAGAACAGGCCUCGGGUGAGCCCUGUUAUCAGCCCCAGAGUCCAUAGGACACUUGGAUUAAUGUGUAACCUUACAGGGCUUCCCCUCUGCCCUCCGAAGCCACUGGUUCCUAAGUAGACACCACUCAACAUGGAUGCUAGAAAAGAAGGGCUGCCCCUGAAGACACUCUUCUCAGACCAACACCCACAGGUCCGCAGGUGGCUGGCUCCCUUCAUCCUUACCUGCUCAGUCUACUUCCUCCUCUGGAUUCCCGAGGACCAGCCUUCCUGGGUCAGUGCCCUGGUCAAGUGCCUGCCCAUCCUCUGCCUGGUUGUGUUCCUGUGGGCUGUGGCCCCUGGUGGAAGCUACUCCUGGCUCCUCCAGGGAGCCCUUGUGUGUUCUGCUGUGGGAGAUGCCUGCCUCAUCUGGCCUGAAGCUUUCCUUUAUGGCAUGGCUGCCUUCUCUGCUGCCCAUUUAUUCUACCUCUGGGCUUUUGGCCUGUCCCCGCCGCAGCCCGGAUUGCUGCUGUACAUCAUCCUGGCCUCGCUCGUCUACUACAGCUUCAUCCUGCCACACCUGGAGCUGGAGAUGGUCCUUCCCGUGUUGGCCUAUGGGCUGGUCCUGAGCUCCAUGCUGUGGCGCAGCCUUGUCUGGGGUGGGACUGCUGGCUGGGGCGGUGUGCUCUUCACAAUCUCCGACGGUGUGCUGGCCUGGAACACUUUCGUCAGCUCCUUACCCUUUGCCCGCCUAAUGACCAUGAGCACCUACUACGCAGCCCAGCUCCUCAUCACCCUGUCAGCCCUCAGGAACCCCGGGCUCAAAACCCACUAAUGCAGGACCCAGACAGCACGGUGGCCCCUCUCCCAUAAGGACCUUGGCUUUUCACAUUGACCCAGCCUGGCAAGUGGACACUUCCGGUCAUGUGCCUGCAGAUACUUGACCAUCUCGAAACAUCUGCAUACUGUUGGCAGAAUUUCAAAUCUACCGCUGAGAUCAAGCUGCCUUCCCUGGCUUCUGAUUGUGGAUUCCAGGCCCCCCAACCCAACCUACAUCUUCCCCUCCCCGUGCCUGUUUCCUUUUCCCAGUCAGCCUUCCCUCCCCAGCUGCCCCUCCACACUGCCCCGAAUAUGAACCUAGCUGCUCAAGUAAAACGAGUGUUGGAA